UUCAACAACUUGAGCCCGACAGAUUUUGAGAAAUCCAAUCUUCAGUUAGAUGGAUUCUCCAAGAAAAAAAAUCAAUUUCUCGUAGACGACGAGUCGUCAUCUAAUGGUCCAACGCACAUCCAAUCAGAGAUACUUAACCGAUUGGAUGAGAUGGGACAAAAACAGACAGAAAUGGCCAACGAGCUUGAAAUGAUAAAGAAUCUGUUUAUGGAGUUUUCAACCAAGAGUGCUAAUGACUUUGCCAUGCUCAAAGAAAUGAUAUUGGGUGGAAAUCUUGGAGCACAAUCACAUCACCAGUUUGCAGCCGAUGUUCCGAACGAUGCCACAGGCCGUGCCACAAACCUUGAUGUUGAUACAGGUCAUCCCGAGGAAGGUGAUGUUGAUGCCAAUGUUGGACAAGAUACUGACGUUGGAAAUGAUCCAAAAGGA